UUACCUCUUUCAAUGUUUAAUCAUGACUUGAAUGAUGCAAUAUCAGCAACGGUCAAACUGUCUAGCCAUAACAUGUUCCCAUUCAACAAUUUAGGGUCCUGAAUGACUAAAAGAAAGAGAACAAGAAAAUUCUAAAGGCGUAAACUGUCUAGCCAUAGUGUAUAAUAACUACCUUUUUAAAGGACAUGGAAGCUUAGUCAAACUCAUUUAGAUGGUCGUUUGAGUCCUGUUUAUAUGGUUUUCCCCAACAUUGUCAGAUAUUAGUUCUUCCUACUGAAAUCCUAAACGAAUGGACUCAGUUUUUCUAGAUAAACCGAAAGCAUUGCUACAGAAUUUUUAGUGAGAGUGCACUACUGAUAUUGUUGCUCUGUUCGUACCUGUCUGCGUGGGAGGCUGACAUUGAGCUCAGAGUGUUAUUCUUUUGAAACGUGUGUUCCUGUUUCCCUUAAAUGUUAAUGUCUGUCGUGGAGAGGUAGCUAUUCUCUGUCAACAAGAAAAGAAGGAAAGCUAGAAACAAAUAAAUUGUCUAGUGAUUGCCUCUUUCAAUGUUUAAUCACGACUUGAGUGAUGCAAUAUCAGCAACAGUCAAACUGUCUAGCCAUAACAUGUUCCCAUUCAACAAUUUAGGGUCCUGAAUGACUAGAAGAAAUAGAAAAAGAAAAUUCUAAAGGUAUAAGCAUUUCCUUCACAGUGAGCUCUUCUUCUCAACAUUAUUUUUAACUUGCACGCUCAUCCAUUGAAUACUUUUUUCAGUGUAUCACAAAUGUCCAGAUUUUACACAUUCAUGUGGAAUAGGAUGAAUACUUCAGAGAGAAAAGUGGUUGAAGAAUUACACGAUAGGCCUUCUGUGUUUGUACCUUCUAAGUUUGGUGCUUCACUUGAAGAUGCUGUACCUGGUGUUCUGUUGUCACUUAAAGAAGUCUUUUGGUGUGAUUCAACUGGUUCUGUGGACCAAGUGAAGAUGGUCUCUACAAUUUUGUUCAAAAUUCAGUCCAACACCCUGUUACCAGAAUAUUAUGUAGCGUGUAUCCGGGCCUUCAUGACCAUUUUGUUAAUAGAUGUGGAGUGGAUGAGUUCCCUCAUUUCCAUGGAUACCUUCAAAUAUUGCUGCAUUUGUCUGCUGUUGCUUUACCUUCACAAGAAGCUAAGAAAGUUUUCCAUAUAUUUCUCAAGUGGGCAGAUGAGCUAAAAUCUGGCUCUUUGAGAUUUGAAGAUGUUGAUUUCUUAGAAAAGAGUCUCAAGGAAAAGCAGUAUCUGAUUCUUCCCACUGCAGAAAAUAAAUGGGUAUCUCUCAACCAAUCCUUUGGGCUCAUCUGUUGGUCUGAUGAUGAUAAUUUAAGAACGGAAUUUAAGCAUUUUGAUAAUAUUAACUUUCUCUACUUUGGGGAACUCAAUGACGAGGAAAAGGAAAUUCUCCGAACAAAAGUUUCGAUCU